AUGCGCUCCCUCGGCAGCCCGGCGACAUUCGCCAAGGCGAGGGCGGGCUUGAGUGGCACUCGCCCUGGCAGGUGCUCCACGCCCAUGCUUCCCCAGACGGGCCGUCAAGCCCAGCGCAGCAGCAGGGUGGAAUCGUGCCGGCGGCAGCUGCUGGGCACGCUCCUGGGCGGAUCGACGCUGACGGCGCUGGGCAUGUGGCGCCCGGGCACCUCCGCGGCGGCGGUGGGCAGCAGUGAGAUGGAGAAGGUCCUGGAGGACCCCAAGUGGCCCGCCAAGUGGCCCUUCAGGCCGGAGGACUUCCUACGCUACGACGAGGCCGACGACGCCGCCUUCUACAGCCAGCCUCGCUUUGUCUACCACAUCGAUGAUGGCGCCGUCGGCGCGCUGACUAAGUGGGCGCCGCACUUUGGGGCAGGGGGGGGGGUGGGUGUGCACCGCGCAUGCUAUGGUCGAGGAGGUGCAGCGGCACGGCCGGGCGCAGCGGCUGCUGAGUUGGCGUGA